AUGGCUAAUGAAUGUUGCUCUAUCCAACUGAUUGACAGAGAUGAUGUAUUCAAUGUCACGGGUCUUGAACACUUUAUGAAGUCAAUGAAGUUGGCAAAGCAUGGAUUAUCCUAUGCUGUAGUUUCUAUCAUGGGUCCACAAAGUAGUGGGAAGAGCACUCUAUUAAACCAUUUAUUUGACACCAACUUCCGAGAGAUGGAUGCUUUCAGGGGAAGAUCACAAACCACAAAAGGCAUUUGGUUAGCAAAUUGUGUUGGGAUUGAACCAUGUACAAUUGCUAUGGGCUUAGACGGUACUGAUGGACGAGAACGAGGAGAGGAUGAUACUGCCUUUGAGAAGCAGAGUGCUCUUUUUGCUUUAGCAAUUUCUGAUAUAGUCCUAAUAAACAUGUGA